AUGUCGCACAUGAUCAGGCGCGCGGCAAGUUCCCUGACACCUUCACGUCAGUUUUGGUCUAAAGUCAGUGCAUUUCAAGAAUCUGAAAAUGGGAUUGCCUUUUUAGGCAAGAAUUUACUGAGUUUGGCCUUGGUGUUUGGUUUAUCCGAGCACAUUGAUGCUUGUAACAUCAAAGGAAACAAACAACUGUCGGGGAUCUAUGAUGAACUGCGCCUUGAAUGGGUGCGUUACUUCAGUGCCAUGACCAUGUUGGAUGUAUUAAGGUUUGUAGUAUUGAAUAAUAGUCUAGUUUUUGUUUCUUUACUUUUGGUCUUUAUUUUUGUGCUCGUAUUUAGAUCCUACCUUUGGCAAAAUCCUUCCCAUUUCGGAUACAUGAAUUGUGUUGAUGCUGCAUGUGCUGUUUACAAAUUUACAAUAAGCAUCGUAAGUAGAAGCAGAAGAGAAGACAACAGAACAGUAAACCCUCGUGCGCCAAACUCUCGUUCAUCGACCUCCAGUCUCCAUUCGCUUGCGCCGACCGCCUAUCUCCAUCGAAGUUCGCCUCUCUCCGUCGAUCGCCGAUCUUUACGCCUUUACCAUUACUCAGCAACCUCUCACUCAGGUUUCUCUUUGCCAUUAUUGCUUGCUAUGUCGCAUAUGAUCAGGCGCGCGGCAAGUUCCCUGACACAUUCACGUCAGUUUUGGUCCAUGAGUGCAUUUCAAGAAACUGAAAAUGGGAAUACCAAUUCAAUUUUAGUCAAGAAUUUAGUGAGGUUGGCCGUGAUCUUCGGUGUAUCCGAGUACAUUGAUGCUCAUAACAUCAAAGGAGAAAGACAACUGGUGGGGAUCUAUGAUGAACUGCGCAAGGAAAGGUCAGAAGCACAGAAGGCAAAGCGUGGGGAAAGGAGACUGUAGCAAUUUGGGUUUGUGCAGUUUUUGGCAGUUUUGGUGUAAAAAACCUAAACUAUGACUUGUUACUUUGGGUUUAAAACUAAACUAUGCAUAGUUUAUCAGUUUGCAUAUAUUGAAGUGGUGGCUUUAAUAUUGACUGAGGUAGUUUUCUCUCAAUUGAGGCGAUUAUCUAUUUUGAAUAUUAGACGAUUCACUUAUAUCUCGCCAACUUAGAAGAGUUGAGCUUUUCAUCCGGACAUAUAUAGUAUCUCCCAGCUCGGGAUUUCUCAGCAAAGGGAGCUCAACCAAAAACUCUUUUUAGCUGGUCGUAUUCAUGCAAAACGUUUCAAAAGCAUGCUUGUUUAUGAAAUAAUU